GUGCAGGGAGCAGUGGGUGAGUUCUCCAAUUCUAGCUGUCAAAAGUUGGUUACAAAGUCACACAAUAUUCCUAAGCCCGUCACGGUGCUGUCACAGCCUUUGUAAUGUGCCUGGCACAGCACUAUAAUUUUGGAUUCUCAACAGUAACUACCCAGCAGCUCUUUCUUGGGGCAGCUUGAUGACACUGACACCAUGAGCUGCUACAAAGACACCAUGGACAGCACUGACAAGCCUUGCUUUGCAGAGAAAUACCAGCACAGCCUGCCACUACUUAAACCCUUUCGCACUACCAAAAGACAUCGUCAUCCUAUAGAUAAUGCUGGUUGCUUUUCCUUUAUGACUUUAAACUGGAUUACAUCACUUGCAAGGAAGGCUUACCGGCUCUCUGAACUUAAUAUCAAUGAUCUCUGGGAUCUUCCUCCUCAAGAUUCAGCAGAACAGAACUGCCAAAGGUUACAUCGUCUUUGGGAAGCAGAGCUGGAGAAAUGUGGGGAAAAAAAAGCAUCCCUGCGAAAGGUGUUAUGGCGGUUUUGUCAAACAAGAUCCCUGUUGGCUUUGUUGUGCCUGAUUGUCACAAUGGCAGCAAACUUUAUUGGCCCUGCAAUCUUCAUCAGAGCACUACUUGAGUACUCGGAGGCAUUGGAAUCCAAUCUUCUUUAUGGGUUGCUUCUUUCCUUUGGCAUUUUUGCUGCAGAGCUCGUAAGGUCUUGGUCUUUUGCAAUGAGCUGGGCAAUGAACUACAGAACUGGAAUUCGACUGAAGGGAGCAGUUUUAGCCUUGGCUUUUCGAAAGAUCCUGAGACUCAAAGAAACAAAGGAUGUAUCAACUGGAGAGCUUAUUAAUAUGUGCUCUAGUGAUGGUCAUCGACUUUAUGAAGCAGCCUCCAUAGGCUGUAUGUUAGCUGCUGGUCCUUUCAUUGCUCUCAUGGGACUUCUAUACACUGCAAUGUUCCUUGGACCAACAGCAUUGAUAGGUUCUGCUGCAUUCAUUGUGUUUUAUCCAUUAAUGAUGCUGGCCUCAAAAUUGACUGCUUACUUUAGGAAAAAGGGUAUCAGAAUCACAGAUCGGAGAGUGAGAGCUAUGAAUGAAAUUUUAACCUGCAUUCGCUUUAUUAAGAUGUAUGCAUGGGAAAACACUUUUAUGCGUAAUAUUCAAGCUAUCAGAAAUGCAGAGAAAUCCUUUCUGGAGAAGGCGGGCUAUGUGCAGAGUGUCACCUCAGGAAUAGCGCCAGUGGUGGUUGUGGUUGCUAGUGUCUGCACAUUUUCAUUACAUAUGGCUCUUGGAUAUGAUCUGACAGCACCACAGGCAUUUACUGUCGUAACUGUGUUCAACUCAAUGACCUCUGCACUCAAAAUGAUUCCAUUGGCUGUAAGAGCUGCUUCUGAAGCUUCAGUUUCCAUCUCCAGAUUUCAGAAGCUGCUCCUGAUGGAGGAAAGAGCAAUGAAGAGCAGUGAAAAAAUGAAUUCAGAUUUCAUUAUUGAGUACCAAGGUGCUUACCUGGCAUGGAAUUCAGCAAUUCUUAUUUCAGUGGAAAAGUGUGAGGACCGGCAAAAGUAUGCAUUGAAGGAUAAUGCCAGGGAGAAGAAAUUAAUUCAGCAGUAUGAAACGUGUGUUCAAAAGGAUCCAUGCUUGGCAAAUGGCAAUUCAAAAUCAAAGCCAACCGCUAAUGAUUUCAAUUUAUCAGUAAUGGCUGGUUCACCUGUGCUUCUUAAUAUUAAUUUCACCCUACAAAGAGGUAAACUUGUUGGAGUUUGCGGAAGUGUUGGCUGUGGUAAAAGUUCCUUAAUAUUAUCCAUACUAGGUCAGAUGACCUUACUAGAGGGAACAGCAUCGGUGAGUGGUCGCAUCGCCUAUGCAGCCCAGCAAGCCUGGAUAUUUAAUGCAUCCCUGCGAGAGAAUAUAUUGUUUGGGGAAGACUAUGAAGAAGAAAAGUACAAAAAGACUUUGGAAGCUUGUUGUCUCUACCCUGACAUUGAAUCUCUACCCACUGGAGACUUAACUGAGAUAGGUGAACGUGGUGUUAACCUGAGUGGAGGACAGCGACAACGAAUCAGCUUGGCACGAUGCCUUUAUAGUUCAAGCAGUGUCGUUCUUCUGGAUGAUCCUCUCAGUGCUGUUGAUGUGUAUGUGGGAGGAGAAUUAUUUAACAAAGCAAUUAAGAAUGGAAUGCAGAACAGGAGUGUCUUAUUGGUCACGCAUCAGUUGCAGUACCUGACUGAGUGCAAUGAGAUUUUAUUCAUGAAAGAUGGAUAUAUUUCAGAGCAAGGAACUCAUGAAGAUCUAAUGAAACACAAGGGUGAUUAUGCUGUUUUAUUUGAGAAUAUGCAGCAAUCAAAUGUAAUUAAGAGCAAUGUGCAUUGUUCUAUAGAAAAGCCGGAUAACAAUAUACAAAGAAAUUUAGAUACAGAUUUGAAGAAUAAUGUGGAGGCCAUAGACCAUGCAGAAAUAAGACUUCUGAAGAUGGAUGCAGUUGGGAAUAGACUCCACAGUGGAGAUGAAGCAGAAAAACUACAUAAUAAUGUCAUCACUGUAGAGGGGACAGGCACUAACGUUUUUGACCACUCAGGUCAAGAGAGGUCUUCAGGUCUUUUCAAGGGAGAUAAAAAUGUUAAAGAAAAUAAUGAUACAAAAGAAGUAAACUUAACUGACCAACAUAACAAUGAAGAGGAGAACCAGGGCCUUAUGCAGGCAGAAGAGAAAGGUGAUGGUUCUGUGCCUUGGGCAGUUUAUGGAGUGUACCUCAAGGCAGCUGGAGGAGUGUUGGUAGUCACCAUCAAUGCCAUUCUCUUUGUAUUAACCACAGGAAGCGCAGCUUUCAGUAACUGGUGGCUGAGUUAUUGGAUUAGACAAGGCAAUGGGAACAUUACAGUUACUACACACAACAUAACACUGUCCAGGGGCAGCAUGAAGGACAACCCUGACCUGCACUUCUAUAUUUACAUCUAUGCUCUGUCUAUGGUGGCUGUUCUCUUGCUGAGAUUUCUCAGAGGAUAUGUCUUUGUAAAGAGUUCACUGAAAGCUUCAACAAAACUCCAUGAUCUUUUGUUUCAAAAAGUCCUCUGUAGCCCCGUGAAGCUGUUUGAUACAACUCCCCUUGGUCGUAUCCUAAACCGUUUCACCAGGGAUGUGGAUGAAGUUGAUGUACGACUUCCAAACCAAAUGGAACAGCUUAUUCAGAAUAUGAUCCUUGUUUUCUUCUGCCUUGGUAUAAUCAGCUCAGUAUUUCCAUUCUUUAUCUUAUCUGUGGUGCCUUUAAGUGUGAUCUUCUAUUUGGUAAACCGGGCUUCAAGAGUCCUGAUUCGUGAACUGAAACGUUUGGAUAAUAUAAGCCAGUCCCCAUUUAUAUCUCAUGUUACAUCAACACUACAAGGAAUAACAACUAUUCAAGCCUUUAGUAAAUCAAGUGACUGCAUUCUUAAGUAUCAGAAACUACUAGAUGUGAACCAAUCUCCAUACUUUCUCUUCAGCUGUGCUAUGCGAUGGCUGGCAGUACGCCUUGAUCUAAUCAGCCUUGCUGUCAUUACUGUGACUGCAGUUUGUGUGGUGUUCAUGCAUGGAAAGAUAGCUCCAGCUUAUGCAGGCCUAGCUAUGUCAUACGCCGUACAGCUCACAGGGCUCUUCCAAUUUACUGUUCGUUUAGUGACAGAAACAGAAGCCAGAUUUACUUCAGUUGAAAGAAUGAAUUACUAUAUUGAGAAUCUGGAGUCAGAAGAAACUUGUCCUGAACCAGUAAAAUCACCACUCACAGAAUGGCCUGAAGAAGGGGCAAUAACAUUUGAGAAUGUUGAAAUGCGUUAUCGUGACAACCUACCAUUAGUGUUGAAGAAAAUAUCAUUCAGUAUUAAACCACAAGAAAAGAUAGGAAUAGUUGGUAGAACAGGAUCAGGCAAAUCAUCCUUGGCAAUGACACUCUUCAGACUUGUUGAACUGUCUGGAGGUUCAAUCACUAUUGAUAGCAUCUGCAUUCAUUCGAUUAGACUGGAGGACCUGAGAAGAAAGCUUUCUAUCAUUCCACAAGAACCUGUUUUGUUUGUUGGAAGCAUCAGGUUGAAUUUGGAUCCAAUGAAUCAGUACACAGACGAAGAAUUGUGGAAAGCUUUAGAAAAAACCCACAUGAAACAACAAGUAGCUCAGCUACAAGGACAGCUACAUUUCCAAGUAGCAGAAAAUGGCAAUAACUUCUCAGUCGGUGAGCGACAACUGUUGUGCAUGGCACGGGCUUUACUUAGGAACAGUAAGAUAUUACUGUUAGAUGAAGCUACAGCAGCAAUUGAUAAUGAAACAGAUGUGCUGAUUCAAAAAACGAUUAACGAUGCAUUUUGUAAAUGCACUGUGCUCAUUAUAGCACAUCGACUUAAUACGGUGUUCCAUUGUGACAGGAUCAUGGUGAUGGCCCAUGGAGAAAUUGUGGAGUUUGACAAACCAUCAGUCCUUCUAUCUAAUAAACAAUCUGCAUUUCAUGCCAUGGCAGUUGCGGCAGAAAGAACAGUUUUUCCUGCAUUUUGAUAAAUCCAAACUGAGGAAAGAACUGUAUGUUGAAUAAAGAAGAAUGAAACCUCCAAUACGUAGGCCUCAAUAAAGAGUAAAGUGCCCUCUUGGCUUUACUUAGUCCUAUGCAAGCAAUACAUGGGCCUACAACUACAGCAAUGGAAAUGCGUGCAAUAGGAAGACACUGAUGUAGAACUUAGCAGAACACGGCCUCACACAUCUAGAAUCUUAAGGUUCCUAUAGGCAUUAGAUGAUGGUUGGACAUGCUGGCAUGAUCCAACCAUCUAAAGGUCUUUUGGUGUAAAAGCUCUUUCCAUAAACAUGCAUGUUGGAAUCUGUAAAGCAUGCACCUUUGAAUGCAUAAAGUUAGUAUUUUUAAUUUCAUAUAAGAACCAAUGCAGUGCCAAAAAUUUUAAGACAGCAUAUAUUUAUGUUGAUUAGUUAUUAUAAUAACAAUAAGCUAUGCAAUUUUGAGAACAAUGGUACACACAUUUUCAUGUGGUCAAGUGCAAUCAAAACAUGAAUCCAAAUGAUCAAUAUAAUGAUAGGCAGGUAAAAUAAUGUAUAUACCGGUAAUCAAUAAAAUGGCAGGUAGCAAAGAUAUCUUGUUGUCAUUAAACAAAUCUUUGCAGCCCUGGAACCCACCCCAAUUAUUACUCAGCAGUGACAGAAUCACAUGUGUGGUAUCUUCCCAUGCAUUGUUCAUGAAAUGAAAGUUUAGAUCUGCUCCCUGAAAGAUUUUCUAACUAUUUAAAAAAAAAUCACCCUGUGCAAUACUAAAAGCCUUAAUUAGAGCUCUAAAGGUGCACAUACUGUAGCUGCCCUUUGGGAAUCCAGAAACAGUCGAUUAUCUUAAGCAAUCAUUGAAAUUGGGAGCAUUGCUUUCCGUUAUCAGCUUAUUAACGACUACCUUUAUUUACCACUGCUCAAUUUGCAAUAGAUUCAGUGAUAGAAGGCAACAAACUCAUAUUUUGGGUUGAAUGGGGCAGGAAUUAAUUAGUCACUGGAAUUCCAAAACUCUCUCCUUGAUGCAGUGACUCUAAAAACGGAGAUCUGCCUGUAGCAAGAGUGUCACCCACCCCUCAUUGAACAGUCUCUUAGGAGACUUUAGCUUUUUGGGUUACCCAGCUAAUGCCACUCUUCAGUACUGUAGAUUUAGUAGAGUAUUAUAAAACAUAACAUUAGAAUGGAGCAUAUUUCAAUAAAGCACUGUAGCCAUAAUGAACUUGGAUUUACUGUAUGUCUUAAUACAGAACAGAUUCUGUUCUGAAUGUACUGUAAUUUUUGUAUAUUUGUAUGCACAUGUGGAAGAAGUCUCCAUAAGCAGCCAUGGGAUUAGGAAACGGGGAAUGAUAACUCCACUUAACAGGAAUGUUAAUAUUAAAGCGGAGCACCACCCUAAAGUGGAACUCACGUUGAUCGGAACCCUCCCCCCAUCCGGUGUCACAUUUGACACCUUUCAGGGGGG